UCGGGCAAUAAAUACACGAUGAGUCUGAGAGGCGCAGGCAUUUUCAAGAUCCCCCAGCCAUGGCGUUCCUGCGGCUUGUGGUUUACACUAUUCUGCUGCCAUGGCCAGUCCUGGCAGAAGUGCGGCAGAACUUCGAGAACUGCAAGCAAUUUUUCUACAAGGCACAAGCACCAACGUGGCCUUCUGAUGUGCAGCUAAAACACAUUUGUCAGUAUUAUGAGAACCAUUACUAUUUUGCUACUCUGUACCAUCAAGGCUUUCGAAUCCCAUACUGGUCAGCUUACACUUUGAAGUCUGGCGACAGCAAUCCGGGGAGGAGGAGCACCUGGUACAUAGAGCCUCUGCUCGCCUUCCCCUCUGCGCCAUCCGAGAUGACCACUGAGGCCGUGGCGGUGGAGAGGGCAGUGCAGGCCGCAGUGGACAACGCAAGAACGUGGGGGAUACCGGUGGAUGUGAGGGAAAUAAAGAGCCAGAAACAGGAGGACCUGAAGCAAAGCCAAGCUCUGAACGUCGACUAUGAAAACACUGCUUACGAUCGGGGGCACCUGAACCCAAACUCCUUCCAGAGUGGCAAUGGGCGAGACGCCACCUUCACGCUGACCAAUGCGGUGCCCAUGGAUUCCUGCUUCAACCAGAUCCGAUGGGCCCAACUGGAGAAGAUGCUGAGGAGUGAGCUGCUGGAGCACUGUAUUGGAAAUGGAGGGACCCCCUACCUGGUGACUGGAGCUGUUCCCAAUCCUGGGAAAAAAAUCCCGGACCCUUAUUAUGACAAGGAAACGGACUGGACCAGGGACUACAGCAGGGUAUCUGUCCCGGAUUACAUUUGGACUGCCGUUUGCUGUGACAACCCCCUCAAUCAGGAUCUGAAAUUUUCUUUCAGUGUUCUGGCAGAAAACAGCGAAAAACCGUUCCUGCUUGUUCUCCCUGUGCGGAUGUUGGAAAACGACUUGAAACAAUACUAUGAAAAACAUCACACUUUUCCUCCCGGUCAUUCCUUGCGCAUAUUUGCUGAUGACUGCAAUGAAAACAGCGCCACAGGACAGCUAGUUUUAGAAAGGAUAAAAAACUCCGUGUUUCAAAGCUUUCAGGACAUGAUUUCAAAUGGUUAUUCACUGUGGUUUCCAGAAACACAAAUGGCAGGAUCGGACCAACUGCCUUCUCCAGGGACAUCCGGCACCCCAGGGAGCCUGGACUCCCUGCGAGUGACUGACAUGAAGUUCUCGCUGGGCUUCCGUGACCGACAAGAAUGGCACAACCACUAUGAGAAGCUCUAUUCAGAAAACAACAUGGCCUGUGUGCUCUCGUCUAUCAGUGGCAGCCCCAUGUUCAGACAGCGGAGGUCGACAGACCCAUCCUGGUCCAAAGUGUGCACUAUCCAGCAGCAAAAACAAAGAUCUGGGUCUCCCGUCUCCGCCAAAGGGUGGAGAUGCGUUUGGCAAAACUGUGACUACCAUGGAGAGAGUUACAAGUGGUGCUCCACCUCCUACAAGAACACCUGGGACUACUGCUGCACGGAAAAGUGUACCCUGAACCCAAGCACUGGAAAGCACAAGUGUCGUUCCGGAAGUAAAUCGGAGGUGGACUGCUCGCCUCAGUACUCCAUGGUGACCGUCACCGGGAAGCCCUGUCGCCCGGAUCACCCCUGCGGCCUUUACGAGGCAGAUUAUUACUGGUGCUACACAGACUACAAGGAUAGCUGGGAGCACUGCUGCGCCCCACAGCACCACUGCGAUUACUACGGUUAUUCUUACACGUGGUGUUACGUUCACGAUGGAACCGGUCUUUCGAAGGAGUGCACACCUUAGACCAAGAACGGUGGGCUUCCGGGCGCCUUCAUCCCUGGUUCUCUCUACUUCCAUGGACUGGAAACAGAAUUUUCCAGAACAUGGGCAAACGUUUCUCACUGUCAAGCUAUCCUGUAUCCAGCUAUCCGUGCAAGUAUCGAAUCACACCUGCGUGAAAUCAGCAAACACCUUCUUUUCCUUCUCCACUUUAAUAAAUGAUGAUUCAAGUAAGCCAUCUCCGGAAUGGCACAGACCACGGGCCAUUGCAGGAGCACGGCUGGAGGCCAGCGCAGCUGAGAAUUCCUGCAUGCCAAGCCAACCUGGACCUUCACAACCCCUCCCACGGACCCGCUUUCUCUCCCCACUGCCCCACACCCUUUCCAAGGACACUGUUCCAACCUCAGAGAAGUUCAGAGCACUGAAGCCACGGCAGGGCUUGGGUGGAGGGAGCGAAUCCUAAUGUCAGGCCUCGGCUGACAUCAGUGCUGUCACUGUCUCACUGACGAGCGCUUGUGGCUGUGCUGCCAUAACGGAAAGGAAAGAGCGGCCCAGUGCAGCUCUUGACUUCCACAUCAUCUCAGGCGGAGUGCAGGCCAAAACACCAGGUGUCGGAGGGAGGGGGUGCACAGACGGUAACAGAAAGCCCUUGCAUGGGCUGGCUCGGGUUUGCACCGCUGUUGGGACUGUUGGGUUCAUGCUGUCGAUCAUGUCAGUGAGCAUGACAAGGAAAGGGAGGAAGGAUCUGGCAGGACUAGGAAGCUCUUGGGAGGAUACAGUUCAGUCAAAGGGAAGCAAAGCCAGUGAAAAUGCAAGGGGAAAAAUAUGUCCUUGGACGCAGGUAACCAAUUCUGUUGCAGCCUUCCAAUUUUUCAAGUUCUGUUCAUGCCCCUUGCUGUAGCUUAGAAUUGGAGCUUGGUUCCCUUGUACGGUACCCCUAGAGAGGAGACAGCACGCUUCUAUUCACUAAACUGGGUUGUGCCGUCCCCUCUUUGUGAU